AUGGAUUCGUGGUAUCUCCAACAAUCGAGAAAUACUGCUGAUAUCACCAAGUUUCAAAAUACUCCAAAUGUUAAUACAGUUAUGCAAGCCAUCGCGAACGUACAGAAUGACCUUAGAAUGACUACAGAGACAAUCAAAACCACAGUAAUAACAGUUCAGCAUACAGCAGAAAUGCAUCAACAGAUAGUGAUGAUAAGUCAAGAAACAAAUCAGACAAUGAAAGAAGCCGCUGAGUCGGGGAAAGCAACAACUAUACUCCUUCAUAAUGCAACAAAUAAAAAAACAAAAGUGACAAAUGACAUCACAAAAAUGGUUCAAUCAGGUCCCCCUUCCAAAGUCUCAUAUGCAUCAGUACAAACCUAUAACAAUCUCUACUCAAACAUUUCGUUCCUUCAAGCACAACGUGAAAUCAUCGUAGAGAUUACAGACGCAGGAACCAUAGAAAGCCUAAGGACGAAAACCCCCAGAAAUCUACAGAAUCAUGUUGAUCGUGCAAUUGAGCAAAGCAAAAACAGUCAUAUUGAAAAGAUACGUAGUGCAUCAGCCAAUCAACUUAAAAGCGGAGACCUCAGCAUCAAGACAUUGAACAGAAGCGAUGCGGAGGCAUUGAAACGAUUUGCAGAAGAUUGGAUAGCCCGACUCGGGAAAGGUACGACUAUUCGCCUACCCACAUAUGGUAUACUUGUACAUGGAAUCAGGAUCAGCUCGAUGGACAUGGAAAAGUUUGACGAGAUCAAAGCUGAACUACUACACGAUAACAGAGCAUUCGUGCCAAAUGCAGAUAUCAAAUAUAUUGGGUGGCUAUCCAGAGCCGCGCUUACUAAAAGUGCCUCAACCAUAAUUGUGGAGUUUACCAACCCAGAAGACGCCAACAAGAUAAUUGACAAAGGUCUUAUCUGGCAGGGAGAGGCAUUUCAAUGCGAGAGAUAUGACAGACCAUGCCGACUGAAGCAAUGCUAUAAGUGUCAAAGAUACGGCCACAUAGGAACCCAGUGCAAAGCGAACACAGCAUGUGGCUACUGUGCGAAAGCACACAACUCGAAAGAUUGUCCUGAUAAAUCGGAUAAGUCCACUACAAGGAACUGCGUGGUGUACAGAGGAGCACACGAAGAAUGGAAUAAUCGAUGUCCGGCUCGCAAGGAAGAGUUGAGCAAAGUGAAAGCAGCAUAUGAUACUAGACAACCAUAUCACUUCGUCCCAUCAUCAAAAGAUAAAUUACCACUUAAUCAGACUAACCCCUACUUAACACCAACAGAAUCGGCAAUGAUAGCCCACGGAAGCCAGAGGGGGAGACCAGGCAAUAUAUCAACAGGACUGACCCCCUCUACACCAUCACUCAUACCAGGGAGACAAAAUGCUCGAAGCAAAUCUCCUACCAAGGGUAGAGCUACUAAAAGAAGCUAUACGGGAAAUACAGCAGAAAGCAGACAGGAUGAAAAUGAAGACGUGAUCAUGGGGGAAGUCAAUCAAAGGUCACGUAGACCACACAUGCCAUCCAGAACGGCAUUAGAAUCAACAACAACGAACUCAAUACUCAGCUCCCAAUGGAACACUGAGGAAUCGUGA